AUGUCAUUCAUUGUCAGACUCAUACAGGCGAAAGUGUUAAAUGGUUGGACUGACAAAUCUUUCAAAGACUUGCUUGACAUAUGUAACGAGUCUAUGCCAGAAGGUGUAAACCUUCCUAAUUCUUAUUAUCAAGCUCAGAAGUUAACUGAAGAUUUAGGGUUCACGUAUAACACAGUGGAUGCUUGCCCUAAUAGCUGUAUGCUUUUCAGAAAUGAAGACAUAAAUCUUUAUCAAUGUUUGAUAUGUAAGGCAUCUCGAUGGAAAGAAGAUGGUUGCAGUUUAGUUUCUGAUUUAGGACCUGAGAAACGAAAGGCAGCAAAACAGGCAAGAUAUUUUCCUUUCAAACCAAGGUUGCAGAGGUUGUUUAUGUCCUCUAAAACUACAACGCUUAUGAGAUGGCAUGCUGAGAAACGAACUGAUGAUGGUGUGUUUAGGCAUCCUACAGACUCUCUUGCUUGGAAGGAUUUUGACAAGAAACAUCCAAGUUUCUCCGGAGAUACUCGCAAUGUAAGGCUUGGGUUGGCCUCAGAUGGAUUGAAUCCAUUCCGGACUAUGAAUAUAGUUCAUAGUACUUGGCUUGUCAUUCUAGUUCCGUAUAACUUACCACCAAUGAUGUUGGUGAAGCAACUUUUUAUCUAUCUAUCUGUGCUUAUUGAUGGCCCAAAAGGACCUGGUGAUAAGAUCGAUGUUUACUUGCAGCCACUCAUUGAAGAGUUGAAGGAAUUGUGGGAUGAGGGCAUAGAAAAUUUUGACGCAUCAAGCAAUCAAAUGUUUCAAAUGCAUGCUGCCUUACUUUGGACGAUUAAUGAUUUUCCUGCCUAUGCUAAUCUAUCAGGGUGGAGUACAAAAGGUGAAUAUGCAUGCCCUUCUUGCAACUCUGAAACUGCUUCUAUAUGGUUGCCAAAUGGUAAAAAGUUCUCAUAUGGUAGCAGCCGGUGGUUUUUACCUUAUGAUCACAAGUAUCGAAAGGAUCCCAGAUCUUUCAAUGGCUUACGAGAAUAUAGACGAGCUCCUACAACAUUAUCAAGAGUAGAUCUUCUCACCCAGCUUCAAUCCAAUGGAGUUGCUGGAAAAUCAAAGGACAAUAUCAGUUCUCGACUUGAUCUUGAGCUUAUGGGAAUUAGAGAGCAGUACCAUGUGAAAAGGAGGGAGUCCGGUUUAGAAUACUUUGAUCCUGCUGAUUUUGAGAUGAAUAAUGAUGGGAAAGAUAAGUUCCUCGUAGCAAGAAUGCCGAAUGGUUCUGCUUCUCAUAUUGCACGGCGGGCACGUUUGAAAGAUCGACGUAUCGGGGGUCUUAAAAGUCAUGACAAUCAUAUUCUUUUACAGCAAUUGAUUCCAUUAUCUGUACGAAGCUCUUUUCGGAAGAAAGUGGUUGAAGGGCUGAUUGAUCUAGGCAAGUUUUUAAAAGUAUUGUGCUCCAAACUAAAUUGUGCAGCAGAUUUGGAAGAGGCACGUUCUCGUAUAGUGGUGACCCUUUGUGAUCUUGAGAAGAUAUUUCCACCAUCAUUUUUUGAUGUGAUGGAGCAUUUACCUGUCCAUCUAGUCCAAGAAGCAUUAAUUGCUGGUGCUGUGCAGUUUCGGUGGAUGUACCUGUAA